CAUUUCAAAUGUCCUUAAGCAUCGUAUAAUUUUUCUAUAUAUAUAUAUAUUUCCCCACUGCUGCUGCUUGCCCCCUUGGACAUCCGAGCCCAACACAAACCAUUGGAUCGAAUUCAGCUCUUGGAUUCGGUCUGAUGGUUUUGGAGUUCUAGUGAGUCUAAGAAUAAUAUCUGUACAUAUAUUUAGAAGAAGGAGAAGAUCGUACGUUAGUAGAAUAAAGAUGGACAAGGUGACGAGGUUGGCGUCAGAAAAUCAGGUAGUGAUAUUCAGCAAGAGCUCCUGUUGCCUGUGUUACGCUGUGAAGAUCCUGUUCCAGGAACUGAAGGCGAACCCUGAGGUUCAUGAAAUCGACCAGGAGCCAGAAGGUAGGGAAAUGGAGAAAGCCCUACUGAGGUUGGGUUGUCCUGCGCCCGUCCCGGCCGUUUUCAUCGGAGGGAAGCUUGUGGGCUCCACCAACGAAGUUAUGUCCCUCCAUCUAAGCGGCCAGCUCGCUCAACUCCUCAAAACUCCCCAGCCUAUCUCUUGAAUUGCAACACACGCACAUAUAUAUGUCCAAACCCUACCAUUACUGAAACAAUAAAUUGUGCCCUCCUUCACCAGCCUAGUCAUUUUAAUCGGUAUCGAACGAUUAGUCUUCCAUGUCUCGUGUAUGUUUCAAGUGUUUUAACAGCAUAUUCCAUUAGUUAUAUAUAUUUAAUGUAAUCCGAUGUUAUGUGCAUCUGUAUUCUUAAUGAGGUUUGAUUAUAUUUAUGUGCUUUCUA